AUGGAGCUGCGAGUUGGAAAUAAGUAUCGAUUGGGCCGUAAAAUUGGGUCUGGAUCCUUUGGAGACAUUUAUCUUGGCACAAACAUUGUAACCAGAGAGGAGGUAGCAAUAAAAUUAGAAUGUAUAAAGACAAGACAUCCACAGUUACACAUAGAGAGUAAAUUUUAUAAACUUAUGAGAGGAGGCAUUGGUAUUCCUGCAAUAAAAUGGUGUGGCUCAGAAGGAGAUUACAAUGUGAUGGUGAUGGAACUACUAGGCCCAUCUUUAGAAGAUCUUUUUAACUUCUGUUCACGCCGUUUCUCCCUGAAGACUGUUCUGCUACUUGCUGAUCAACUUAUUACUCGCAUAGAAGACAUCCACUAUAGGAAUUUUAUUCAUAGAGACAUCAAACCUGACAACUUUUUAAUGGGACUUGGUAAAAAGGGCAACUUAGUGUACAUAAUAGAUUUCGGUUUAGCAAAGAGAUACAAAGAUCCACGCACCAACCAACAUAUACCGUACAGAGAAAACAAAAACUUGACAGGAACGGCUAGAUACGCGUCGAUAAAUACCCAUCUCGGUAUAGAGCAGUCCCGGCGUGAUGACCUGGAAUCCCUGGGUUACGUUCUAAUGUACUUCAAUCGCGGCAGCCUUCCCUGGCAGGGUCUGAAGGCGGCCACAAAACGGCAGAAGUACGAGAGGAUAUCCGAGAAGAAGCUGUCUACGCCCUUCGACGAGCUUUGCAAAAACCAUCCGGUGGAAUUUCAACUGUACUUGAAGUACUGUCGGCGGCUGCGGUUCGAAGAGCGACCGGAUUAUGGGCACCUGCGUCAGCUGUUCCGUACAUUGUUCCAUCGGCAAGGGUUCACCUAUGAUUAUGUCUUUGACUGGAAUAUGCUCAAAUUCGGUAUGCCAGGAGUUGGCAACACUCGCACUAACCAGCCUAAAAAAGCUCAUCGUGAUCAGAACCAAAAACAAGAAACCAGUACGGCUGGCCCUGCCGCUCCGCAGCCGAGCACUACGGUGGCAGCGAUUUCAGAGUGGCGGUGA